AAAAACGACCAAACAAAGGGUAGGUGGGUGGUUCGUAUGGUGCAUAACACACACAACCACCCUUGUCUUAGCCCUAAGUCGGUAUCACAUUCCAACACUGAAAUGACCAAGGCAUCUCAAUAUUUUACCCCGAGAUUUCAUAAUGUUGGUGUGCCUACUUGCAAGGUCGCACGAGUUUCAGACAAAGAAAGAAAUUUUGAUGAUAGAGAUUGUUGUAGUUACGUAAAAAGGUUUAGAACUCAACUCAUUGAUGAGGGUGAUGCCAAGGGCGUGUUAAGGUAUUGCCAGAGAAUCAAGCGACUAGACCCUGAUUUUUUUUAUUCAGUUACAGUUGACAAAGGUGGUCUAUUGGAGAAUUUGUUUUGGGUCGAUUCACGGUCUAGAGUGGCUUACCAACAAUUCGGUGAUGUGAUUACUUUUGACACUACUUAUCGAACUAAUAAGUAUCAGAUACCCUUUGCUCUGUUUGUGGGACUAAAUCACCGUAUGCAAAGCACAUUUUUCGGAUGUGCUAUUAUGCAAGAUGAUACCGAGGAGUCAUUCGUGUGGGUAUUUAAUACCUUUUUAGAGGCAAUGCAUGAAAAAAUACCUGGUGCAGUGAUUACAAAUCAAAAUAUUGCAAUGGGUAAUGCACUCGCACGAGUGAUGCCUCAAUCACGCCACAGGCUUUGUUAUUGGCACAUAAAAAAAGAAAUGCCAAAUAAGCUUUCUGGAUUGUAUAGAAAAGGAUCGACGUUCAAGCUUGAGAUUAAGAAGUGUCUUAAGGACUCUCGAUCUCCCAAAGAAUUUGAUACUGAAUGGUGUCGGAUAAUUUGUGCAUACGAACUUGAAGACAACUCAUGGAUUUCAAGUCUGUAUGAUGUUCGAAACAAGUGGGUUCCUGUCUAUUGUCGUAAUACUUUUUUCGCAGGAAUGACAACCACACAACGCUCAGAGAGCAUUAAUGCUUUCUUUGAUAAAUUCAUCGACUCUGGAACCACUCUUUGUGAAUUCAUCAAGCAGUUUCAGGAAGGGCUUAACUCUCACCUUGAAGAGUGUCGAAAGGAGGACUUCCACGCACACCAUAAAGAAUGUACGCUAGAAUUGAGGUCCCCAUUGGAGAGACAUGCGUCGGAUGUAUACACAAGGAAAGUGUUUUCCAUUUUUAGGCAAGAAUUGAGCCAAAUUAAUGAGUACAAAAAGGUAAAGGUACAUGUAGAUGGCCCAAAAGUCACAUAUCGAAUUACACGACACAUGGAUCAACUGGAUGAUGCAAAGGACAUAAAUGUCGGGUACGAAGAAGUUGUGUUUGACAAGCAUGCUAAAACAGCGAAAUGCAGCUGCCAAGAAUUUGAGUUUAGGGGAAUCUUAUGCCGCCACAUCUUAAUGGUAUUCACACACAAGGGCGUCGACAAGAUUCCUGCAGAAUACGUAUUGCCACGAUGGACGAAGAAUGGUGACCGAUUACUUGACUCGACUCUGAUACCAUCGAAUGUAAGGGAUGUGGAGACGCUUCGUUUGCAUCAUUUUUUCCGUGCUACAAGAAUGCUUCAAGAAUCUGUUAAAGUGUCUCAUGAAGCAUACAAGCUUGUACUUAGUGGACUAAAAGACCUAUACAUUCAAGCCUCAAAGCUUGCCUACGCGGAAGACGACACGACAUAUAUACGAUGAAGAUGUUCGAAACACGGAUACGAUAAGCGAAAUGGAGGCAGGUAAUUAGCUAGCUAGGCAUAAUAAUAUUCUUAGCCAAAU